AUGGAUGACACACGCAUUGAGUGGAUGAGAAACAAGGUAUACCUCGGACUUGGAAUUACAGACCCUGAGGUGUUCGACGAUUUGUUGUCUCGAGAAGAUGGACAAUUUGAAAACGAAAUCUUAAAAUUUCUCAAUGAAACUCCCAAGGAAGGAUGCACUAUUUUAUUUUAUUCUAUGCUGAAGGAAGAAGAGGAGGAAAUUGAAGUUGAAGCGGGUUAGUAAUUGAAGAUAAUCUUAUGAUAGUAUACUUACAAUUGCGCGCCAUUUAAUUUUGUAUCACAACAAGACGUUGAAAGGGCUCUGUUAUUGCUAGCGAUUAGCGACUUUUUGAGAUCCCUUUUACGCACAGUAAGUUUUUUGAUAUAGAUCGUGCAAUGACAUGACAAUUCUUCUUCUCAAAGAAAUGAAACUUAAUGAAUAAAGGGUGCUUGUAACAGCUGUUUAGGUCUCCAUUCCAACGGUUAUUCGAGGUCGUUGCCACUGAUAAUCCCGCCGUAUUUGAAAUAUAAGUUGACACUGUUUGUCAAAGAUUGACCUUCAUGACAAUUAAACAUAAUUUCUGGAAGAUGAAAGAGUCCUACAACUUCAUACUUUCUGAUAUGAAAUCUGUUUAUUUUACCCAACCAUAAUUAAGCUGCUUGAUUUAUCACACGUUAAUAAUGUUGUUUGACAAAGUCGGUAUUUAUAUUUGAGUAAUCACAAAGAUCGCCCCCAAAGAAGGGGGGUUUGAGGUUGUUGAUAAGAUGACUCGGUUUUUACUUGUGUUGAAAAUGUAAAAGGCCACUGUAAAAAGUUUCAAAAGCUGACAUAUUUAGCGCUACCCCUUCAUCAGAGGGAAUAGAAUGAUGAGCGAACUUUUCCGAAGUGAUCGUUUGUUGUCAUCUUUGAUCUGUCUGUCAUUGACUAAAGCUCUGAUCAAAAAAGAUUAUAGUUAAAGUGAAACUCUAUUGAUUAAUUACAGAAUUUUAUUUUAAAUUAUGUCAUUAGAACCAGAAUUACCAGAAAUAACAGCUGAUGGUGAUGAAGAAGUUGAGAAGACCUCAAUAAAUGGUGCUGAAGGGACUGCUGAGGGUGACGAUUUGAUCAUGGAGAGAGUUCCAUCUGCAAAUUCAAAGGCUGCAGAGGAAGUUUCUGUCAAGGAUGGUUCACAGGCUGCAGAGCCAGCCCAGACUAAUCCAGAGACUGGGGAGGAGGUUGCAACAGCCUCAGGUGAGGGAGGAGAAGGUGAUGAAGCAGAGCUAGGAGAGGAGAAUCAUGCCACACCUCUACCGCCUAGGACAGUAAGUUUGCUUUGGAUAUCUUGUUGUUGAAAAUUAAUUUCAUGUGAAAAUGAUUUUAAACUAUGUACUAAUUUGAUAUGAUUUCUCCUUUGUUGCAAGUGUUAUCCAAAUAUAAAGCUUAGAACAAAGUUUGACCAACAAACAAGUACAUUUUCUGAAUGAACAAUAGACAAUCAAUCAACAUCUUUUAAAUAUAAUUGCAGAAAAUCAUUAUACAGAAAGUUCUGAGGACAGUCAUGUAUGUUUGCUAUGAACACCUUCCUGAAGAGUUUGCGGAUGAAAAUGCCUUCUACUUUUUACGGAAUACCACUGGCCCUGUUCCUCUGCCAUCAACGCUUGAGGAAGCAGAAGAAAUUCUCCCUCCUUUAUUUCAGUUUGGAUCACAUUAUGGACCCUCGCUACAGAUGCUGGAGCACCUUUUAACACUGGUGUAUAUACCCCUUUUGUCACACAAUGGUCAGCGGAAUGAGUCCUCUUCAGAUAGUGGGAGUCACAAGAGUAGUGCUCAUACUGGUGAUGAACAGGGGUCAGAGGAAAGUCGAUCAAGGGUUAUCUUAAGAGAUGAAUUUUUAAUGAACAUGCAGAAAUUUUCUACGCACAUCAGCCGAACAAUUCACCAGUUGGAGGGUGAUAUUCGAUUGGAGAUGCCUGAAGUCAUUCUUGGUGAUGACAUUACAGAGAUGGUAAAAGACUCAGAACUAGUAACAAUGCUAGAGGAAACCCUGCACAACUGGGAAGUGACAAUUUCAUCAGCCCUGGAGAUCCAGUUAAAGAAAACACCCCAAGGAAAUGGGCCUUUGGCUGAGAUUGAUUUCUGGAGAGAGAGAAAUGCUACACUGAGUGCAAUUACUGAGCAGUUAAAACUGCCAACUGUUAACAAAGUUGUGGCUAUCUUAACAAAUGUUCACUCUGAAAGCCUUGCCAGUUUUGAGUAUCACCGAGCAGAACUCACGAAAUAUUAUACAGAAGCUAAAGACAAUGUGCGAUUUCUUUCUACCCUUGAGAGACAUUUUAAGAACUUGGCACAUGGUGCAAGUUUUAACAUAGUCCUUGAAACAAUACCUUCAAUGAUGAAUGCUUUGAGGAUGGUGUGGAUUAUAUCACGACAUUACAACAGAGAUGAGAGAAUGGUGCCAUUAAUGGAAAGAAUUGCUUGGGAACUGAGCGAGCGAGUGGCCAAGAUUGUCAAUGUUCGCACUAUUUUCAAGUGAGUAUGAUUACUGUAUGUAAUCACUAGAAAGUACAUUAUCAUUAUUGCUUAAAAAAGUGAAGGGUAUAGGGGAGUGGCAAGGGCAGUUGCUUCCACUACUGAAUGUGCUUGAUGCUCCUUAUAUUUGCUCAGAGGGGAACUGAAAACUGUUCCCCUCUAAGUAAAGAUAAGGAGCAUUGUGAUAUGAGGUCAGCAACUACAGCAUACAACUUCUUUCAAAGUGGCCAUAACUGAAAUCUCUCCUUUUAGAGAACCACCCUACCUCAUGAAGCAAAAAACCUCAGAGGCCAAGAAGACCUUGGAAACAUGGAAGGAGUCGUACUUUGAUGUGAGAGCCAAGAUAGAGGCUUCAGGGAGAGAUGCCAGAUGGGAGUUUGACAGGAAGCGUUUGUUUGAGAGAACAGAUCAUAUGGCUUCAAUCUGUGAAGAUUUGAAGGAGGUUGCAACAGUGAUGGAAGAGUUUUAUAAUAUCUUUGGACCUGAACUGAAGGCAGUGACAGGAGAUCCUAAGCGUAUCGAGGAUGUGUUGAAGCGGGUUGAUGGACUGGUGAAACCCAUUGAAAAUGUAAGGUUUAUUCUGCUUUGAGAUUUUGUGUCUGCUUUCAAGUUUUCCCUUGAGUUUUUUAUAUAGGUCCUUGAUGACUUUGUAGUGAGAGGGAAGGGGGAACUUGAGGUCACUAAAGUGGAUAAAUUAGCCUACUUUUCAGGGUGUACUGACAGCCAAAAUGCAUUCUGGUCCCUGUUUAACCUUCUCUGUUUAGACACUUUUUGCCUAAGUGUUACAACAAUUAAGACCCAAUGUUGGCCAGUAUGCAUUGUGCACCUCUGUUUGUGUUAUGGUUUUCACAAGAGCAAGGCUUGUAUUGUUUUCUUGAAGCUUCUGGAAUAAAUUCAGCAUCAAGUCAAUGGUUGCCAAUGGCCAAUGUCACAUGUAAUGCAUACUGGUCAAAACUGGGUCUUUAAAACCAAAGUAAUAACAAUAGCUAACCACAACAAUGGUAAUUAUCACCUGGAGGCAAAGAGAACUCAAGUAGGCACAGAUUAAUGGCCUUUAAAUAUUAAAAAAUCAAGUCAUACUUGCUGUUGGACUUGCAUCUGAUUAGUUGAGAGGUUGAUCUUGGACCAAAAAGAAAGAAAAACCUUUGAAACUUCUGCAUUAGAUUUUGAUUUUUUUUUUUACCUAAUUAACAAUUAAAUUAAUUUUGUACAUUAUGAAUAUUUAGGUAUUAAGAUAUAUGAUCUCGCUGAUAACAGAAUUUAUAUUCAAUUUACUGGAAUCACUAUAGAUAGCCCUUUGCAUAAGCCCUGCAGAGUUCCUUAGUCCACAUUGCCUCUCUGAUUUUUUACUAAUGAAUUAUUCUUUUAGUUUGUAUAUUUGUGGCAAACUAAUGAAGCAAAUUAAACUGAAAUUUCCCUAAAAAUUUGAUAGAGUUAAGAGGUUGUUUAUAUUUUUUAGGUUGGAUUUGAUGCCUUCAGCCUUAGACAUGCUGCAAGUUGGCGCAAUGUGAUGGACUGGUUCCACAGAGAAGUUACAGCCAUUGAAAAUGAAGCUAGACACUUCAUUGAUGACUCGUUUAAGACACUGAGGUCUGCUGAGGGAGCCUUUGAUAUGCUUUUGAAUUUCAGACACAUUAGAUCACGGGAAGCUAUCAACUCACAGAUGAUGAAGAAGUUCAAUGACAUCUUGGUGCAGUUUGGAAAAGAGGUACAUAGUUUUUGUGUAUUGUAUUUAGCCCUUUAACUCCUUAGAGUGACUAGCAUCUAAAUUCUCCUUACAAUAUCACCCCUGAAUCAAACAUAUAUGAAGGUCAUAAGAAUGAAUGAAAUGAUCACCAACUAAAACAGCUUUUGAUUUUUAAAUAAAUUUUCCUUGUCAGCACCUUAGAAAAUGUAUAGAGAACAGUUUGGAGAAUAUGCAUACUGAUGUUGGGUUGUAAGGGUUAAGAUGCAGCUUGAAAGAUACUGAAAUGAGAGAGGUUCUACAUUUUAAUCCAUUAAGAAUCUUUUUUUUUUUAAAUUUUGGCUUUGAAAUUUAUCAAGAAGUACAGGGAUUAUCACUACCCAUUUAGAUUCUGGAUCAUGUUGUCUUGACUCAAAUCCUUGUUGGAGUUUCAGAAGCCAUAGUUAACUGCUAUUGUGAAAGGAGUACUCAUCAUAGUGACCCAGUGAGUACUAUGCUUAAGGUUUGUGUUUUCUAUUCCAAGGUGGAUGCUAUGCAUGUACUGUUCAAAGCCCACGCAGACAAGCCUCCAAUCUUCAAGAAUCAACCUCCUGUAGCAGGAGCCAUCAGCUGGGAACGCUCUCUCUUUCUUCGCAUAAAGCACACCAUCUUGAGAUUUCAAGAAAUGGAGGACAUGCUGAAUUCAGAGCAAGGAAAAUUGGUAAGACUUGGCGAUGAGAUAGUCAGCAAAGGCUUUUCACAAAAUUGUUUGAAGGUAAAGUGUGCCAUUGCAUUGUGGGGGACUCCUUGAUGGACUGAUUAAGACACUGGUCCCUGGAUGGAAAGGUCAAACACUUAACCCUUUAACUCCCAUGAAUGACCAAGACAAAAAUUCUCCUUACAAUUUAAAUACAGUAUAAAGCAGAGAAAUUAUGAGAAUGAAGAAAAAUAUCAAUUAGGGGGGAUUCUUCCAAAUUCUUAGAACUAUUGUCAUAAGAAUUGUGUAGAGAUUUUGAUUUGAGAGAGGAUUUGGGGAAUGAAAGGGUUAAUUCUCUUCCCUCAAAAGUGCAAAUGGGCACCAGCAAAAUGUGAAAAUCAAAAAUCUGAAAGAAAGCUGGGAAAGGUAAAGGGGGGAACCUUGUGCUGGAGUGGCAUCUCAUCUCCAGUGGGAGGGGAGGGGAGUAGCAGUGCUUCCAGUCACUUUACACUCCUGAAACUGGGUUAAGUUGUGGCAGGAUGGACUUACUGGCUUGUAAGCUGGCUGAAGUGUGCUGGUAAUUACAUUUGGCACCUGGUUGCUGACCCAUCUUUAAAAUUCCUCUGCAGAAAGUCCAUGCUAUUAACACUUUUUCUUCCUUACAUCAUAAAAAUACAGCUCAAGAAUCUGAUCAUUCAUCUAUCAAUUGAAAUCAUAUUUUGUUGUUCAGAAGUGGUUGCUAUUGACACAGAGUUUUACUUCAUGUCUUAAAUCACAUUCAAGAAUCCUUUGCAAUCCAUUGGUUUCCCUUCCUCAUUAUGUUUACUUCUUGUUUCCAGGCAAGCAAAAAGUAUCUUAGUGUGGCACGGCAGAUGAAAGAAUAUGAAGACAGAAAAUAUGAAGCAUGGAAAGAACAGGUUGAAGCAAAUCUCUUGAUCUACCUUAAGAAAAAUCUAUUGAUCAAGCCCUCAGCAAGCUCUGCAACCACACACAGAAGUGCUGCUGAUGAAGGAAACUCUGAGGAUGCAUCUGGAAGCCUAGCUGCAGCAGUGCAGGCUCAAGGUAACAUUGGUGGUUUUUAUUUUUUUUUUUUUGCUGCUGUAGAUGUAUAAACCUGCUGUGUGCUCUCACAGAGUCUACAUGCCACUAGUUACUCUUUCAGAGGUAAAAGUCUUCAAGUGUUCAGUGAUUUCUCUAAGAUUUCUGUAUCCAAAAUGUACAUCUCUCAUUUUGAUACAUUAUACAGUGCCAGUAACAAGGCUACAACUAGUCUCUGACUCUAGAAGAUGAUAUUGAUCCCUUUACUAAAUUAGAUUUAAACCAAUCGAUUAAUUUUCUCUUUUUUGUUAAAAACAUUUGAAUUUCAAUGUUUUAUGUUUCAAAAGAAGUAAGAGAAAGGAGUAAAGAGAAACGGUUGGGCUGGGAAUACAGCAAAAUGAAUUGUGGAAUAAAUUGUAAAGAUUACUUUUAGAUAUUACAAAUGAAAAUAAACUUGUGGAAUCUUUAAAAAUCACUUUGCCGGGUGAGGCAAAACCCAGGCAAUCUGCGAAUGGUUUUGACAGUUACUUGGAAAUAAGCUUUAUUUCUCAUUUUCAAUUAUAUAUAGAUGGACAUUGAAUUAUGAAUUUUGUACAGCUGAGAUGAACCCUGGCAAGUUCUGAGUUUGUUGUUGGUAUUUAUUUCAGCCUCUCAUCCCAACCUACAGUAUGUAGCAGAUUUUGCACCAGAGUUAGGUUUAAUCAUUAUGGAGACAAAGUACUUAGAGCAGCUAGGAUUCCAGGUUCCUGAGCUGGCCAGAAAUGUUGCUUUGCAGGUAUUUUGUCAAAUAAUGUCACUGAACUCUGUUUGAAAUGAAUAUACUUGUACAUGGAUGUGAUGCUUUCUGUACAAUCAUGUAUAUCAAUAAAUUUUGUGAUGAUUGCAAAAACAUUCCUAUUUUUAGCAGUCUUUACCAGUGACCAUGACAAGCUGUCUAUGAGUCCCACUAAUAAGCCCCUCUCUUAAACUUUAAGUUUCUAAUAAACCCUUAAUUCUGAUAAGCUCUUUCUCCAUUAAGUCCUCAUCUCUAUAAAGUCUCUCUUUCAUAAGCCAUCUCUCUUAUGAGCCCUUCUCUUUAACCCUUUAACUCCUAAGAGUGAUAAGCAUGUAAUUUCUCCCAACAGUAUCACCCCUAAAUCAAACAUUAAGUUCAUGAGAAUAAGGGUAAUGAUCAGAAACUUAAGCCCUUGAUUUUUAGAAAAGUUCUCCUUGCAAGCACCAUAGGAAAUGUAAAGGGAAAAGUAUGGAGAAAUUGCAUACUGAUGUUAGGGUGUAAAGAGUUAAUGAGCCCUUCUCUCUGACUUGCCCCCCACAUCCUUUCUUAAAAACUCUUCAACAGUAGUUUUUUGUGAUGUGAUUUAGCCAUAGUAAGUGUUGCGGUGUGAAUUAUACUUGCAAUUAAAAGCUUAUGUCAGUGUCUGUUUUAUGAAAUAUGUAAGCAUGUGCUUAUUGAAUGAGUGGAAGGGCUAGACUGGAAAAUAUUUGGCUGGAGUUCAUGAUGUACGGAUGAUAUUGUUUGUGGUGGUCAAAGAUGAUUGUUUUGAUUUCCUCAAAGAUGAUUGUUUUUCAUAGAAAAUGACUCCAGGUACAGUGAGGUUUGUUUUUUAAGUGCUCAAAUAAACAUCAUCGAUUUAUGUGAUAAUUCAUGUUAACAGGAAGAGAAGUACUUGAAAUAUGUGGAUGGCCUGAAGCUUAUGUUGGACAGAUACCACACUGUUCUUGGAAGUCUCAAUGUUGCAGAGGUAACUUUAUAUUUGAGUACAUUAAGUCAAGUUCCUUGUAUAAGUUCAAACUAUAGCUACCUGUGACCUUACAGUAUGGGGAAGAGUUAUUGCUUGAUUCUAACUAAGACAGGUUUGAAUUAGUUAUGUUUUCACUGGUUCUUCAACGUAAAAUUAGGUUUAAAGAACGUCAGGUAUUAAUUUCGUAGACAUUAACACUUCACCUGCACAUUCCCAGGGGGGCUUGCUGUAUAGCUAUGUAUGAGUAAGUUUAUAUUUCUUUCUAUUUUUUCACCAGACACAACUUCUAGAAGAUCACAUCAAAGAGUUAAAACGUGUUCUAAAGCCAGGAGCAAAACGAUUAAACUGGAACUCGCUUGGAAUAAGUGACUACAUCACGAGAUGUGGACAGGUAACACGUGAAAUAUUGAAGCACUUAAUCAUGUUAAUCAUCGUUUAUCAUCGUUAAUCUUGACGUGUCGUAAAGCCCGAAACAAAGUUAUAUCAACGACCAAUCAGAAGAUAUCAAACUAAAACCAAGCAAACUGCCUAAAGCGCGGGAAAACGCGGGUGAUCAACUCGUGAUUGGUUUUAGUUUUGCAUCUGAUUGGUUAAAUAAGUGGCGCAAGGUUUUUGGACCAAUCACAGAGAGAAGUAAAGAAAAACAAAGAAAUUCUGUAUUGCUUUGGACACUCGGUUGAAGAUUAUCCCCGAGGAAAGCUAUAUAAAAGUUUCAAAGCAAGCCAAAACAUUCAGAUUUCUAUUUGAAUGCUAACUUAUGCAGUACUGAAAUAUCGCUAAUAUUUGUAUUCACAGGCCAUCAGCAAAUUUGAAUCACUUGUGAAUCAAAUCCAGAAAAAUGCCAAAGACAUCAACAGCCGCCUGGAGUUAAUGGAGAACACAGUGUUAUUCAAACAGCCACCGCCCAAAAUAGGAGGAGCACUUCCUGAUGCAAAGGUUAUUAGACUUCUUUACCAAAUUCAUGUUGAUUUUCUAGUUUGCUCAUGUUUUGCUCUCGAAAUUAUGCAAUGUAAUCGCUUUGAUUUUUUGCAAAAUUCUUGCAGGAGUUCUUUGAAUAUCUUGAAAAAGCUCGAGCGUUGGAGCUUGAAAACUUGGCCAGAAGAUACAGAGCCGUUGGACCGCUUCUUACGAAGAUGGAAGGACUUGUCGUUCAUACAAACACUGGCAGAUCAACCAAACUACAACCUUACUAUGCCUACUGGGAGAAUGCAGUCUAUGAAGCCCUCACAAAGGUACUUACUUACCGUAACCUAGUUUAACAACUUAGUUUAGCAACUGAAGGUGUAGCCAAAGUCGCCCAUCCACGACUUAUAAACGGUAGUCAUGUGACGAGCUGUGACGUUUUUCUUAUAUGAAGUUUGUGGUCUAAAGUUAAACUGAGACAUACAUUUGUGUAAGUUAUCAUUAUUCGUUGUCAUUUUCCCCCCAAAAAUUUGCCCCUUUGCUCUUGAUUGUUCAAGUACUAAGUUCUGGAAUGUCCCACGAAAUUAAAAAAAAUGAUUUUCAGCUUUUCUUUUCCUUUCUUUUUUCGUUUUUUGUGGCAACUUAUCUUUUAUUUCUGGCGACCAUUUUAUGAUUUUAGACCGCCAUCUUGGCGACUUUGAAAAAAGUUGAGUUUGGAGCUGUGUUUUUUCAGAUGGUGACCAAAAACCUGCAGCAGUUUAACCAGCAACUUCACGCCCGCCAGCCAUUGUUCCAGAUCGAAACAGUGUUGUCUGCGCCAGAGAUUGUCUUAUCUCCUCCGGCAAAUGAGAUCUACAAAUUAAUCAUGCAGUCAAUUAGAGACAUGGUGGAGGGGUAAGUUUAAAAGAUAACAUGGAUCUUCUCAGUAGUUUUAAACUUGUGUAGUUUUACUUGUGUCUGUACGGAUCUUGUCGAUCGUAAAGUCUGGUCGUUCAGGUGAGAUUGUUCUUCUAAAGGACCGUUGUCGGCCACAGUUACUGACGUUUUGACAACCUGAGCUAAAGUCAUCACCAGAGUCAAGUGAAACGUUGUUUUUCAGGGGAUGAUGUCUCUAUCAAUAGCACUAAGUGGGAUUACUCCUUGUUUAAACGUUUGAUUCCCUAGAAAUGCUUGAUCAGUUGGUUUUUGUGCUCAGAUCUGGUUUCUAUAACGCCUGAUGGGUCCUUUGUUCAUGAUGACCCUUCUUUUUGCUGUUUUCUUACUGGUCAACACAUCACCGCCAAACUAGUAUGUAGAAUGAAUACUUACCCAAAAUGUUGGAGGAAAGGAGAGGAGUGAAGCUAAAAGUUUCAUUGAAGGAACUGGCAAUGCCCCUGCAAACUUCCUUGGAGCCCCCCACAUCACAUUGGCGAAACCGUCGCACUGACUUAACCUGGCCUAAAUUACAUUUAGCCCAGGAAUCAUCGGCACAACAAGACGCUUUUGUGCAAGCUAUACAUCUUGAUAUUUGAUUCAAUGUUGCAUUGGUUUCCUUCACAGAACCAGAAUGUUUGUUCGCUGGAUGAACGGUACGUGCAUCGAGACUCCGCCCCAGCACGCUGAGGGUGAGGACGAGCCAGUAGUGUUUAGUUUCUUCACAGAUAUCUCGGCCAAUCCUGCCAUCAUAGACCUGGUGACUACUCUGUCGAAAAGUGUGCAGAACACUCUGGGAAACUUGAACAAACAUCUGACUCGUUGGCGGAGGUACAGGUUGCUAUGGAAACUUGACAAGGUUUGUAAUGAUGUCUGAAUAUAAAUGUUACAUUUUAAUCAGUGAAAAUCGGUCAAUUUACCAACAGGAAUGCGCCAAUCGGAUUGACUGAGCUUCUCAUCUGGUAUUAACCAUUUAGGUGCCUUCUCGUUCGUUUUUCUGAAGCUUUUUUUGGACAAAAUAUAUUUUUUUCUAUGAAACAUAUAGGUUCUAUUACGUGUUAUAGUAAUUUCUGAUGCGGUUGCUUGUUUUAGAGCGCAUUUCGAUUGAGUGUAGUGGAACAAAAACGAAAGUAAUCCCAAUAGCCAAUCAGGACAACAGAUAAUAUCACAAGGUGCCAAUGAGAACUCAAAGUUAGAACAAGCAAACCGCCUAAAGCGCGGGAAAACGCGGUCGACCAAGUGAGGAUUGGCUUUAGUUUCUCAUUGGUUGAGAAAGUGGCGCAAGUUUUCUGGAUCACCCAGCGAAUCACAGCGAAACCAAAGCAAUUCCAAAUUACUUUUGACACUUAAUCAAAAAAUUGCUCUACGACUUUUAUCUUAAAGGAACCUCGAAUUAAAAAUCUAGAUGUUUUUCAUACGUUUCUUACAUGUGCAUAUACUUUUUCGCUCGAGAGUUUUAAGUGUGUGGCUAUUUGCGUAGUGUCUAUCGACAUAACCACUCAGUGUUUAUUUAUUUUGCACGUUUUUGUUAUCAUAACUGAUUUGUUUGUUUGUUGUCCACAAAACAGAGUAACAUGGUGGAGAAGUUUGCACAGAAGAAACCAACGUGUAUUGCUUAUGACGAAAAGCUACAGUUCUACUCAAAUCUGGUCAUUGAGGUAUUAAGAUAGAUCUGCUUUUUGCAAAGUAUACUCUUAGGUUAACGUCACAGUUCUUAUAGUCAGCGAUCAUUCAAGGAAACAGAGGUGAAUAUCGGUGGAUAUUUACUUAACAAUGAAGCAAGUAGUAAGAGGUUCACUGAGGUAAACAAUUGUUUUAGUCUAUGUCACACAGGUUGAACAGUUAACGCACCCAACAAUUUCAUCCUUUCUGACAUUAUGUCGACACAUGGUCGGAAAUUAAACCGGUGAAAAUCUCGCCGCGCGUUACUCCUUCGCGAUUAGGGAUUCUUACUACAGUGAUUGUAAUAACUUUAUGAUAUUCACCAGGUUGGAAACCAGGUCAUGACAAAAGACAUUGAUUUUGUUCGUCUCAACUUGGACCCUCUGGCAACGACUAUUCAGGCCAAUGCGAGGGCCUGGGUCAAGGAGCUGGGCAAGUUUUUGAACGAAUCGGCAAGGGAAGAUCUGAAUGCUCUCAAGGCAGAAAUUGAGGUAUGUUUCAAGAGGAUAGCUUGAUUUGCCUCCCUAUCUUUUAUAAAAUCCGUUAACGAUAUCAUGGAUAAUUUGUACUGUUUUCACUCUAACUUUUCCGGUAAAUCAUUUGCCACAGUGUCAUCCGCUACUUAGUUCGUUACUUUGUCGUGACUUGUCAUUGGUAAUGAUCGCUAUUGAGGAGCCCCGAGAAACGAUUGCACAAACUAACUUUUGGAGAAUUUAGCGAAUGAAAAACUUAGUAGGAAAAAAGAACCAACGAAUGAAAGAUGAAAUGGGUGAAUGAUAAAGGCGACAGAGUAAAUAACAGGCAAAUUAAGUGAACAACUGACAGAUGAAUGAUCGAACUAAAUAGCGAACGAACUACUUGUUUGCCGGAUAUUUUUCGUGUCGCAGCAUUAGCUGAGAAGUUUUUUUUUUGACUGUUUUGUUACAGGGUUUAACAGAUGAUCUCAAGCGAGAACCAGACACGCUAGAAGACUUGAAGUUUGUCCUGCGCGUGAUUGCAGACAUCAGAGACAAGUCUCUUGAUGUAGAGCUUCGCUAUGUCGACAUUCAGGAAAGAUACCGAACCAUUCUGAUGUACGAUAUUGAGGUAAGAAAUAAAAUAAUUAUAUCCCAAAGUCAGCCAAAUUGUCCGUGUCUCAAGCUUCAUUGUAUGAUCAGGGUUGCCAAUAAGUUCGAGAGAAGAAGGCAGUUAAAAAAAACAGUAGGCCAGCCAUGUUAUCGUAAACCCCUUGUCGUUGUCUCAGGCGUACCACGAAGAUCGCUCUUACCUCUAAGUAAGUUAUUCUUCGUCCGUUAUUGCCUCACUUCUUUCUAUAGAGGAAAUACUUAUGGAGGAUCUUUGAGUCUGAACGUGGAAUUGAUUGAAUCAUACAUCUUAAGCUGUCACUGCAGUAAAUUAUGCAUUUAGUUCAUCUCACAAACUGUGAAAUGACUACACUAAAAUUAUCUUCGAUGGUCUUUCAGUGAUUGUAUGACUUUUUAUCUGCACUUAUGGUAAAAUCACCGGCUAUAGAUGGCAGACUAAGCAGCUAUUGUUUAGCUACUGCAUGGCUCUCAUCGACAGUUCUCAUUUGUUCAUGUUUGUAUUCACUUCUUUGUUAUUGAAAGGUUCCCGAGAGCGAGCUGGAGCUGGCCACUAACAUCACCCAAGCGUGGGAUGACCUGUUCCUGGAAUCUCGAACAGUGGACGCAAGUUUGGUCUCUGUUAAGAAGAAAUUCACUGAGGUAAGUUUUGAGAACACAUAUGUUGAAGAAGAGAUGAUACAAUAUUGUAAUACAUGGGUACCCAGGACUUGCAUGUAUUAUCAACGUUGUUCUUAACUCUUUGAUCCCAAGGAGUGACCAGCAUCUAAUUUCUCCUCACAGUAUAACCGCUGAAUCAAGCAUUAAGGUCACGAGAAAAAAGGAAAUGAUCAGCGACCAAAUAGGCUCUUGAUUGUGAAAGAAAUUCUCUUUGUUAGCACCUUAGGAAAUGCUUAGAGAACAGUAUGGAGAAUAUGCAUACUGAUGUUAGGGUGUAAAUGGUUAGAUCCAUGUAUGUCUGAACUUGGCUUUUAAGAGAUGCAAAACAAAGUUGUGCUCUAAGAAAAUUCAGUAGAAGCGUGAAAGCUCUCGUCUCCGAAAUCUUGGGUGCCCCGUUCGAAAAUACUUCCUUAAAAGCAAAGUUAUACGAAUUGCCUAAAGACAGAACCUUUCAGAAGUUAGUUACCUGUGACACUCGCGCUUGAGCACAGCCCUGGAAAAGGUUCAAAAUUUACCUAAGUUCCAUACACAACUCAACAUAAUUUAAUUUAACGAUAAAAAAUGGACAAUUAUUUAAUAUUUCCUCAUCAAUAUAUCUUUAUUUUUCAAUAUAUCUAUUUUUUAGAUCACGCAAGAUCAAGUUUCCGACUUCUCCAAAGACAUUUCAAAGUUUAAAGAAAGCUUCAUCAAUGAAGGUCCAAGCUCUAUUGGCACUGAUCUUGAAGCAGGUAAAUUUACGAAGCUUGAUGUAAGGUUUUCUCAACUUUGCAACACCUAUAUAAAAUAUGAUUUAAUUUUCGAUCUGCUCUUGAUUGUCUUUUUUUCUAAGGUGUGGAACUGUUAAAGAAAUUCAAAGAAGAGUUUGCAAACUUUGAAAAGGAGCGUCAAGAACUGGCGAAUGCUGAAAAACUGUUUGGUCUUCAGAUCACUCUUUACCCCGAACUACUGGACAUGGAGAAAGAGCUGAAGGGAUUGGAUCAGAUCUUUUCUAUUUAUGAGAAUCAAAAGGCAAGUUGA